CAUCACGAGCGCUGUAACACAAGAGUUGGAUAGUCAUUUUCAAAGUGGAAAACGCGUAAUUACUCGAAUAUUUGCACGGAAAAUCGAAAUUUCCUCGUGAAAAGGAUGUCCCCGGCGGCGAACAAGUGAAGUUGCGCAAUUCCGCCGCAAGAAGUGUGAAUUUCGUUAGUAAAAAGUGUUUUAUAAAAUCGUUGCUGCUGGGACACCCUCAAGUUAAAAGCUGACCAAAAGUGAUUUCACCACGCGCCGCGAUUGCAUAAACGGUGGAGCUCGGCAGUUCGCUCACUUCUUUCGAUUUUUUUUAAGACGCAGGAACGGUGCAGAUUAGAUAGCCGGAUUAGCACGGACGUUCAGUGGAAAGAUAAAUAAAUGCCACAGGAAGGAUAAUGUUGCGGGAGUUGAUCGCCUGGGUGCUGAACAACUACCUCGGAAAGUAUGUGGAAAAUCUGAACACUGCCCAGCUGACUAUUGCGCUGCUGUCUGGUCAAGUUGAACUCGAGAACCUACCCCUGCGCAAGGAUGCUCUCCGCUAUCUGGGACUUCCGCUACAAAUCCUCAGCGGUACAAUUGGCAAGGUGAAGCUAACCGUUCCGGUGCGUCAAUUUAGAACGGCAUCAUGGUGUCUCAUCAUCGACAACGUCAAUGUAGUGUGCGGUCCAAUCGAUCUGACCGAAUGGAACCCGGAAAUCGAACAGCAAGCCGAGCUUGACUUCAAAAUCGCAUCGUUGGAUCGUUUGGAAGCAAAAUGGCGAGCACAACGGGAGACACCCGUUACCGAAGGGAGCUACUACGCGUCGUCCUAUUCGGGAUGGCUCAAUUACGGUACGUCGCUGGUGACGAACAUCAUCGAGAACCUGCAGCUAAAGGUCAAUGGGAUACACAUCCGCUACGAGGAUGGACUGACCAUCCCGAACCAGAAGUUUGCAUGCGGAAUCAACAUUGAAGCCCUGUCGGCGCAGAGUUGCGAUUCAAACUGGUUUCCCGGGCAAACGUCCAACUGGAGUCAGCAGCAGGUGACGUUCAAGCUGGUUGAGCUGACCAAUUUUGCCAUUUACUGGGAUCCACUGGCCCGGGAAGAGCAGGUUUACAUCAUCAACCCGAUCAGUGCCAAGGCUCAGUUGAAGCGGGACCGCAGUGAGACACCGCUUCGCACCCGCAGUCGGCCCCGAUUGGUAUGCGACCUGAUAUGGGACGAAAUUAAAAUUACGCUGAGUGAUAUCCAAUACAACCAGAUGAUGCAAUGCGCUCGUGGACUGGACGACAUCGCUCGGUAUCGUCGUUUCAAGCUGCAUCGACCGAGCAGCACCGUACAGGAAGAUCCGAAGGCAUGGUGGCACUAUGCUGUCCGUUGUCAUGGGCUUCUCCGGCACACACAGAGUGAUCCAUUUGUGAUAGCUAAGGAAAAUUUGCGAUACAUUAGCGUGUACGGUAGGGUGGUUGCGAAUCCGAAUGAAGUACUUUCGAGUGAGAACAAGACUUUCAAAGACCGGAUAGAGCGGGAGCGGGAUUUUGACGAGCUCAGAUUGCUGAGGGAUGUUUGUAUGAUACGAAUGCCGUCCCUGGACAGCAAAUCACCACAACUUAACCAGGGCAAGAAUAUGUUGGUUCAUUUCUUUCCCCAGUGGUGGGGAUGGUACAACAAUAACAAUGCAAAUGCUGCGGAGUCGCCUCCCACACCGGACCAAAAUGAUGAUCCUUUUGACCAAAACUGGGGCCCGGAAGAAGACUUAAGUCCGGUCAGCAGUUUCGAGGACGAAAUACUCAAUGCACUCUCCGAUUCGGUCGAUACAAAUUCGCUCCUCAAACGGGACGCCGUUUUCGGUAGGUUCAACUUUGUGCUCAGGCAAGGGACCAUGGACUUUUGCAGUGCCCUCGAGAUGACACCAAAGCUACAGUUUCAGUUCCAAAAUCUUAAGCUAGAUGUAGAAACAAGGCCACGAAGUGGGUCGCACUACCUUAGUCUAUCGUUAGGUUCCAUCUUGAUCAAGGAUCGAAUAACACCAAAUUCACAAUUCCCGGACCUGGUUAAACCACAGGCAAAGGAAGAGCUGCAAAUCAGCGCCAAAGGUGGUCCGGUAAAAUCAAGAAGCCUAUCACUACAACAAUCCCCAGCGGAACCCAUUUUCGAAGUGCAAUACGAACGAAAACCACUAUCACACGACACUGACUAUCGACUGAUGGUGAAAUCCCAAUCGCUGGAUAUCGUUUACAAUACGGAUGCCGUGAAAUGGUUGGUAGAUUUUCUAACCAAGCCUCACCAACAGUACGACACCAGAAGAAAACUGGAAGACAUGAAGAACAAAACGAAAAUGGAACUCAUGCGUAAUGUGAAGAACAUCCUCGAGGGACAUCUCAAUACUAGAAAAACCUGGACUUUGGAGUUCGACAUCUUCGCUCCGCAGAUCAUUUUUGUAGACAACUUCGCCGACCGGCAGAACAGUACGAUCGUGGUCGUAGAUUUCGGUCGGCUCCAAUUGACGAACGGUAAUAAACCAUUUCCGGGAUCUGCCCUGGGUAAGAAAGUUGGCAAUAGCGAAAUAUCUCCGGAAAUUACCAACGAAAAUGAUGAUGAGGAUGCAUUUAUGACUCCAUGUUCGACUCCUCCCGGAUCGGAAGCCAGCACGACACACUCUCCGACUCUGCAGUCUGCCUUCUCCGAGCUACCAGAGCUGAACUUAAACAACGCCGAUACACUCGACGAGUUCGCCCUCUACCAAAAGCUGUACGAUCGCUACCACAUCCAUCUAACGGAUCUACAGGUCCUUGUGUGUCGAGGGAAGGAGCGGUGGAACUUUGCCAGUACCAAGGGAACAUCCACCUUGCACGUAUUGGAUCGGUUCAGCAUAGCUCUGCAGGUAGAACGGCGGGUGGUCUACACCAGUGAUCCUCAGUAUCCUAGUUUAACCCUAUCGGGUACUCUCCCAAAACUGAACGCUCAUAUCAACGAAUACAAAGUAUCAACACUGCUAACGCUCGUCAAUAACCUUUCGAAAGCAGGCCAAGUGUGGAGCGUUGACGUUCCAGAAUCCGACGAAGCACCGGCAUCCGACAAUCUUAAACCUCCUACUGAUGAGGAUAGCAUUGCCGACAGCAGUUCGGCCUACCAGAAGGAGUCGGCAAACAUCAUUGUCUUUCAGUUUACGGUCGAUCAAAUGUCGUUGGAGGUGCAAUCCCGGGGCAGAAGCGUAGCCGAGUUGCAGGUUUCCGGCGUAAAGGCAGGAUACAGCAAACGUCCGGAGGAUGUUACGUUGACCCUGUCCGUGCAUGGGCUGCUGCUGGCGGAUGCAAUGCAAUCGUUUGGACCGGAUUUCGAGCUGCUCAUUGCCAGUCAUCGACAUGUUGGAAUGGACAGUCUAUCGGGAAGUCUCCGUCAAAGCGAGCCUUGCUCUCCUUGUUCGCCCGGCUCGCCAGAUCCGAACACGGAAUACCGCCGGCCAACGAGUCCGCUGACAAUUUCCAAGGCGCUGAGCAACUUGCAGAAAGAAACAUCCUCUUCCACGUGGAAUGCCUCUCAAUUCGGUGAUCUAGAUGCGCUGAUCACGGUGGAGAUCAUCUUCGUCAACAGCGACAAGCUCGAUGACAAUCUACAGAUGGCGAACAUCCAGUUCAACAACCUGGACAUUAUCGCCAAUCAGGAAACCAUCGUAGAACUGCUCGGCUUUGUCAAACGUGUCAUCCCUAAGGCACCACCCAAACCGCCGGAACAAACCAGACCAAUGCCGAGACCGGAGGAUAUCAAUGCUUCCACCGGAUCGAUUGCUGCUACCGUAGGCGUCACCAGUGACACCAUUGACGCCUCAGCGUCUCCUGUUCGAACGGAAAUCACAUUCGACUUUCACCGGUUAAAUGUGCUGGUCUUGAGGGCACUGAUGAGGGACAACUACAUGGUAGGGCGAAAGGUAGGCACGUUUACAAUGUCCGAGGCGAAGAUUCACGCAUCGCUGGGUUCGUAUGUUACCGUCGAAGGGUCGCUGGGAGGACUUCAGAUUCUGGAUCUUACUCCGGAGGGUAUCAAUCAUCAACGAAUUCUGUCCGUGGGCAAGGACCCACUGACUGACCCACCAGAAAUACGCCAGGGACCAGAUCUGAUGACUUCUCUUGCACAGGAAGUCUACGGUGUCCCGCAGAAGUCGACCGCAGAUGGGCUACGCGAGGACAGGCAGGCACUGUCUUUUUGCGUGUCCAGAGAUAUCAACGCAGUGAUAGAUGUUCGCGUUAAGAUGGCUUCGGUGUGGUUCAUUCACUGCGCUAGGUUUAUGCAGGAGCUUAGUUGGUGCGCCUCGGAGUUUAAGCACUACCUGAAGAACCUGGCGAAAUCGAUUAGGGACAAAGCAACCGACAUGGCCCUCGGUUUGGUUCAGUCAAGGAGUGAGCUCACCAGCAGUAGACCAGAGAGUAUAUACAACUCGCCCAGACGAGCCAGGAGGCAGCGCACAGUAUCGCUGUCCAAGACGCAGGAAGUUCUGCUAAAUUCAGAGUACACCCUAAAGAUAGACAUCACAUUGGAGACGCCGGUAUUGAUCCUUCCCAGGUCGAGUAGCAGUCCGCAGGUGCUGGUCGCCCACUUGGGCCGCAUAACGGUAAGCAAUACGCAGGAACUGCAGGACAGUUCUUCGAAUGAAAGCAAGACCAACCUGACGACUACGAUUAUAAAUGAGGAGAACAGCGUAGAGGAACAAAUCGUAUACAAUCUUAGCGAUCUGGAUGGAGUGUUCGAUACGUUGGAAGACGAAAAUGAUUCUAGUCGGAUUCGUUUCGCCAAAGAAAACUCGAUGGAGUUUAUCGAUAGUGUUAUACAGAACUAUGACCUUUAUAAAAUAGACAUCAAGAAUAUCAAUCUCUACUCGUUGGAUACGACGAACAGAAAGGGAUUCAGAUUUUCGGCUCUUCCUCGAGCGGAAGAGUUCUACUCAUGUAAAGAGAAUGCAAUACCAAUCAUUCAUGACACGAUAUUUUCUCUGGAGAUAUCCCGAGACACUUGCGAGGUAGAUAGUGAUGGAUUCAACAUAUUUGGCUGUGUAGUGAAACCGUUGCGAGUGUCUCUGAAACGUCAGCAGUACGAACAACUGCUGGAAACGAUAGAUAAUCUGUUCAAAAUUCCAAAGGACCUAGUCCGACCGCCGACGGAGACCUCCGUUUUGGAGAAACACCCGGAAAUAAUCGAAGAAUCGUCGUUCAAUGCAUAUCCCAUUACGGACAAGGUCCGACGAGGCCUCAUGUAUCAGAGUAGCUUCGAAGAGCGCCCGUCUUCGCUAAAUCUGAAGCUCCACUUCGAGCUACCAGCUUUCAUAACCCAGCUGAACGACAAUCGCAACGAACCGCAAAUCCAAAUCUCUUUCAGGGACUUUUCCGUGCAGUUUGAUAAAAGAAAUUGCUACGAAACGCACGUGAAAGUGUCUCUUCGGUCGCUAAUGAUGGAAGAUCUACUACAACCGGAUACGGCCAAGACCCGCUACAUGGUGGUGUCAUCCUCGCAAAACGACCAAUCCGGCCGACCCGCAUCCUCGUUCGCUUCGUUCUCCUGUCCAAACCUUGUCGGGCUACUGGAAAACGUCGAAGAACUGCCAAAUUCCCUCCCGACAAACUUUGACGACAAAACUGGUUUCUACUUCCUGGCAGCGAACAAAUCACUCUGUCCGGAUACUCCCCCACCAUCUCCAUCGAUGCAGCGGCAAAAUCAAUCAGCAACCGCUACAGAAGAGGAAAAUCUCGUCAUCUACACGUCCGUUAUGGUAGAUCCAGCUUGUCCAUCGUUCGCGAAAGAGUUCAACUCCCUGCAGCAGUCCAGUUCCAUCGAUUUCAACAGUCUAGAUCUGAUCGUUUCGGUCGAGAGUUGGUUCGUGCUGCUCAACUUCUUCGGAUUAUUGAGUGACGACGAGAGCAGCGGUAGUUCUCAAAAGUCUUCGUCAGACCAAACGUUGCGGGAAAAAGCUCCUCCCAGUGGACAUUCCAAGUUGGACAUCUCUGUGCGGUCUCUGUCGUUGGUGCUGGCGAAACCAAGCUACGAAAUAGCAAAGGCCAACGUCUCCAAUGCACAGAUUACCGUAUCCAAGCGGAACCACGCGAAGCAAGUCGAGGGAAAGCUGGGUUCGAUUACCUUAAGCGAUCUGACCCCGUAUGGGUUCAUCUAUCGGGAGAAGUUCAUGACCACAGGGAACGAAGCGUUAAGUUUCGUUUACACGCGAGACUCGGCCAAGUCGAACGCCCGGAACCUGCAGAAGGAUGCCCGACUGAAGAUCGAGAUGUCGUCGGUGAGAUUUGUGCAUACGAAGAGGUUCAUCGCCGAGAUUCAGUUGUUCUUCAAGGAGUUCUCGCAACUACAAACGCCCGUUAUGCGCAAGAUCAAGACCACCGAUUUGAAGGCCUAUCUUAAGCAACGUCCAACACAGCUGGGACUGGAGAUCAAUGCCGGUGCGCCGAUCCUGAUUCUACCGAUGGCGUUCAACAGUGAGCAGGUAAUUGUGGCCGAUUUGGGUGAAUUUACACUCAAAAACGAGUUCCGGAUGAGCGGUGACCCGGCGGUCAUCAGUGUGUCGAGCAAUCCCAGCGUGAAGGAAGUGUUGGACGUGAUGUAUGUCAAUCUGUUUCAUACGAACAUCUUUGCUGCGCGACGAGUGGUCAAGCCGGAAGGCCGACUGGGGCAGGUUGAUUUCGAUGACGCUGCAGUUGAUUUGAAGAGCUACUGGUUGGUGAAACAGGGACCAAGUUUACUCAAGGAAAAGUGCCACCUCAAACUGCAAGUGGAACGGAAUAUGGACUCGUGGAAUAGUCACUAUGUUCCAGACAUCAGCGUGCACGGUACUCUUUCCCGGCUGGAAGCUGUCCUGGAUCUGCAGCAGUAUCGGUUAGUACGAGGUUUCCUGUCGUACAACCUGGGCGAAGCGCUGGACGAGCUGUACCUUCGGCCAAUGUACAUUCCAAAUAGUACCUUAAGUUUAAACACCGACACCGAUCCGAUCGAGGAAGUGUGGAAAAACCUGUCGAUUCACCUGGAGCUUCAGGACGUGUCCGUUCGGUUGGAAAAUCUUGACAGCGCUCGGAGACCCACUCCACUGGCUUGUGUUAACUUCAUCAAAUCGAAACUGCUGGUGGAUUCUCUGAGCGAUGGGGCGCAGGAUAUCGAUCUGGUAUCGCAAGAGAUUUUGAUCAAGGAUACGAGAUUCGAACGAACCAAGUCGCAGAAUGAGAUCCGAAAUGUAUUUCCCGAUAUACUGCAGCCGAUCGUGAGUAAUCCUGGCGAGGGCCAGGUCCAGGCGGAGAUCCACAGCAGGAGGAGACAAGAUUUAACAAAGUUCACCAUUCUGUUGAACAAUAUGCGGCUGAUGGCUAUACUGGACUGGUUGGAGAGUGCGAAGGACUUCAUCCUGCAGCAGGAAGAUCAGCCUCAGAUCGGAUUGGAUAUCAACGCCGGUGAGCGGGAAGUCUCCGUUGAUGCUGGCAAACGGGCUCCUACCCCGACGGAGGAGAAUAAAAUGGAGCUAAAGCUGAAUAUAACCGAUUCGGAGUUGGUGCUGGUGGAGAAGACGGAUCAAAACGAUACCAAUGCUGUGAUUCUGAAGAGUACAACCGUCGUAUCGUACCGUCCGUUCGAGGUGAACAAAACCAUGUCCAUCAACUUGAACAACUUGGAGGUGUUUUCCUGCGUUUUCGGAUCGGAGGAUGGUACGGCCUUGUCGAUCAUCGAUCCCGUUACGGUUAACAUGGACCUGCGCCGAGGGGUGUUGGAUGUGCAGAUGCAAAAGCAGCUGUGCAUUCGUCUGUCCUAUCACGACGUGAAGAUGUUUCAGCGCAUGCUGGAAUCCCUACCGGGGCAAACCAAGAACGCCAGGGAUAGUAAGCAGGCCAGCGUGGAUGAUGGAGGUGUGGAGACCAGUACGGCUGUGGAAAAGCUAGUUUUGCUUGGGUUUAACCGAGAGGAUUGCUUACAGGCGCUGGAUAAAUGCAAAUAUCAGAUAGACGAGGCGGCGCUCUGGUUGACUCAGAACUCGGAACCUCAAAAGUAUGAUGCCGAAGGUCCGAAGGCGGGCGGUACCGGUGUGCAAGCGGUAGAACUGAAGGCACCUUGCAUAUCAAUUUGUGUGAUUGAUGACUGUCGGGAUGCGGAUGUUCCGCUGGUGGAGCUUUCGUUGAGUAAGUUAGAUCUAAGGCAGGAAUUGGGUCAGUGUACGGUGGCGGUGGAUGGAACGGAUAAGGAUUGCGGUACGACAGUGGAAGCUUUUUCGACUACCUUCGCCGGGUUCAAGGCAGGACGGAUGGUUGGGGUGUUUGCUAGUGAUUACUACAAUCGGGCGCUCAGUGGCUGGGAACCGCUCAUUGAACCUUGGAAAGUCGAAGCCCAGUGGGGUUACAGCCGGGGACAAACUGCAAGCAGCAGGAAUCGACUGAACUUAAAGAUUGAGAGCAACGAUACGCUAAGACUGAAUAUUACCAGUACGUUAAUUGAUUUGUUCCAGCUAGUUAAGGAUAAUUGGACGCAGGAUUUCUAUAAUUCUAAUGUUAAUGUAGCUAAUAGAAGCCCCGUGAAUUACCGAAGACGAACGCCGUUUAUUCCGUUCGCAAUCCGAAACGAUACUGGUGUUCGGAUUUGGUACACCACGUUAGUUUCCACCGAAAUGUCAAGGUCGAGUGCCCUGUCAGAUCUCAACACCCAAUGGACCAUGGUCGAUCCGGGAGAAAGGUCCACUUUUUCGUACUCAACGAAAAGUAAGCAAAGACAUCGUGACACCCACAAGUUUAACCUACAUCAGAUAGCUGUACGGGCCGACGGCUGGCAAGAAGUGGGACCAAUAUCGGUCGAUCGCGUCGGAACAUACUUCCGACACGCGCGGGCCGAUCUAGUCGACGACUACUCGCAAACUCCUCGUGCCAGAGUCGUAUUUGCCGUAACCCUUGAAGGUUCCGCUCAAAAACUAAUUACCGUUCGAUCCGCACUGAAGUUGACCAACAAGCUGGACAAUCCCGUUUUAGUCAAGAUGGAACACCUGUACGGUCACCUCAAUAUCCGCAACUGGCCGGAGACGAAAACCCAGAUACUGCACUCGAACGAAGUGUUGAACAUCCCUUUGACGCACGUCCACGCGAUACUUUACUUCCGACCGAUUCCGGCGAACGUCACGCUGCUAGAGGAAGUCAAUGUCAGUUACUCCCGGUCGGAAGAGUUGAGCAAUUCCAGCGACGGUUGGACGCUUCUGCAACAGUUUGACGUUCACAAAUCCUUCAACACCAACAACGGCUUCCAGUUCACCGACAAAGGCGUCCGGUGGAACGAAGCGAUGGAAACGGGAGAGGUGUAUCAAGAAUUAAGAACCUGCCGGGGACUGCGGGAUAGAUCCUACCGGAUGCUGAUAUCCGUCCGAAAGGAAGGAUAUCCGGCGAAGGACGUGAUACUUCUACCAGGACAUCAGAUUACCAUUUGGCCACCGUUGCGAAUACAUAACCUGCUUCCGUGUGAUCUGCUGUACAAGUUGCCAUCCGGAGCACAGGGUCGAAUUUCAUCGUCGGAAACGGCUAAGAUUACCGAAAUUGAUGUAGAACAACCGGUGGCUCUGACAAUCACCCUCGAUAGCUACCCAGAGGCAGGCCAGAUCAGUAUCCCUGCUGGGUUCUACGGUUCCACCGAGCUGGAUGUGAGACUGUUCGACACCAAAACCAGAAUGCUGAAACUCAAAGCAUUCAUCCACAUCGUCAAAGGAAGGGGAAUACAGAUAUCCAUCAGUGCCCCCUUCUGGCUAAUCAACAGGACUGGCAUCCCGCUGGUAUUCCGACAGGAAGAUCUGGAUUGCGAAAGUGCUGGUCAGUUUUCGGAAAACGAACAAGCUCGGAUGGUUUCGCCCUUCAUGUUCGCCUUCUCGGAUCCAUCCAGCUCCGGUUGCUUAACCAUGCGGCUCGGGAAGCGCUUCGGACAAUACCUGAACUGGUGUCAACCGUUCAAACUGGAUCAGGGCACCAAACAUCGACAGCUGGUUGGAGGCAACGAAUCGUUCAUCAUCGGAAUCGAGGUUCGUCGGGCACGUGGCCGCUACAACCAAACCUCCAUCGUUACCUUCUCCCCUCGGUAUCAACUGUACAAUCGAAGUUCCUACAAGCUUCAGGUCCUGCAGAAGUGCUUCACAGACACGGUCUACGACCCGGUAGCGAAAUCCAACUUCAUCGAAGCCGUUCCAGGUUGCCAUAUAGCUUUCCACUGGCCCCGGUUGGACAAAGAACAAGAACUGUGCGUCCGGCUUCCGGAAGUCCAGGAAUGCCUGUGGUCCUCGGGUAUCCCCAUUUACGAAACCCAAAGCCUAUACAUAAACAUUCGGACCGUCAACGGUGCGAUGCAUUUUCUCCGUCUGGAAACCAUUCUGCAAGGAGCCACAUAUUUCAUGAUAUUCAGUGACGCCCAAUCGCUGCCACCUCCCAUCCGGUUGGACAACUAUUCUGAAGUGCCGAUCAAAUUCCACCAACCAGCCAGAAACCAAUUCAAGUCCUACGUAAGACCACACAGUUCCAUCGCAUACGUUCUGGACAACCCACAAGGGAACAAAUAUCUACAACUGGAAGCACCGGGCGGAGACUUCGAAAACUGCUCGCUCAAUGGAUUCGACAACUUCCGGUUGACCUAUGAAAACUUCAUCUACAUUGCGUUCAGUCAAACAUUCGUAGCAACGCCUUCGUUCGAGUUCGGAUCUGCAAACGACCCUGAAUCACAACAGUUAGUGCUUGGAGUGGUAGACAAUCGGGUGGUCCUGGUCCGGAAGCAGGCCGGCGAUCGUUCGCAACUGUGGAGGAUGAACCACGAGAAGCAGUUGGAACAUGAAGGAACUUCGCCACCGAGUGAACCUGGAAAGAAGCAGUCGAGGUUUGUGCUGGAUCUGGAUAGACCACCGCAACCGACUCAGUUCAUCAAUCUUGUUGUUCGCCCGGCAAACAGACAGCGAAAGUCAACCCAAACGUGGCGAUUCACGGAGGAAGGACGGUUGAUGUGCGAACAUUCGAAUAUGUGCGUUCAAGCCAGAGGUGGAAUCUUCGGACUGCAGACCGGAUCCGAAGCAGUUUUGGGAAUGUGCGUAUCGGAAACCAAAGCAUUGAAUCGGUUCGGAGUCCCUUACGACCAGGCCAUCGAACGUCAGAAGAUGCGACCCGGAUCGGGCUGCCUAUCGGUGACCUAUCGAAUGGAUGGGCCUAUCAAGUGCAUUCAAAUCAAGGACGUAAAGAAUCUAACCGGCGGUCCCCUGGCACUGGACACUUCCUGGAAACACGUUUCCCACAUUUUCCACGAACAAACCGGUCGUCGGUCGAUCGAUGAACAACUGCAGAGUACCAAAGAGCAGCACGAGUACUACGUCGUGUUGAAACUCCGGAAAGGUAUUGGCCUAUCACUAAUCUCCAACCAACCUUGCGAAGAGUUGGCCUACGUAACUCUGGAAGACAUCAACAUGGAACUUAUCUCCACGCCCAGUGUCCUCUCCCUGGACUUCAGUGUAGGUGACAUGCAAAUCGACAAUCAACUCUUCGAGACCUCCUGUCCAAUAACGCUGUACACGAUCAACCCACCUUCGAACAAUGACUCUCCGAAUCGAUCGGGACUGUCCUCGCUGCAGCUGAACGUCAAGUUGCUACCCAGCCCCAACACUAAUGCCAUCAUCUUCGAGCACUUUAUUCUAAGCAUUCGGCCGGUAGCGGUCUACCUGGAAGAGCGCCUAAUACUUCGAUUGAUCAAAUUCACCGGUUUGGCCAAAAGCACCACCGAUCCAACGGCCCUACCGGACGAAACCGAUUAUGAAGUGCAGAAAAUCGUCUACAAAGUCCUAGACGCCAACGUGAAGCGCUACUACUUUGGUGACCUACAGAUCGUACCUAGCCAAAUUCGGUUGAGCUUCAUUACGACUUCCAAGUUGGUACCAGAAUUCGCCGAAAUCAAGCGCAAUCUCGGGUUCACCUUUAUCAAGUUUGAAGACGCCGUCAUCAACUUCGAAAAAUUCACGCACAAGUACCACUUCGAAACCAUGGACGCGUACUUGAACUCGGUCAAGUCGCACUACAAGCAGGAGCUCAAAUGGCAAGCGGCCUCCAUUCUAGGGUCUGUGGACUUCCUAGGCAAUCCACUUGGGUUUGCCAACGAUCUUACUGAAGGAGUUUCCGGACUACUGCUGGAAGGAUCAAUUUCUUCGUUGGUCAAGAACGUGACGCACGGCAUUUCCAACUCGACGGCCAAACUGACGGAGACCAUUUCCGAUGGGCUGGGUAAGGUCGUAUUCGAUGACGAACAUGUCGAAGCGCGACAAAAAAUUCUGGACGUAUCAGGUGGUAGUGGAAGUACAACCGGAGACCAUCUAGUGGCAGGAUUCAAAGGAUUUACUUUUGGUCUGCUGGGAGGAGUGACCAGUGUCGUCAAGCACACCUAUCACGGCGCCGUAAAUGAUGGGUUCUCCGGAUUUGUCACCGGUCUAGGUAAAGGUCUGGUAGGAACCGUAACCAAACCCGUCAUUGGAAUGCUAGAUCUAGCAUCUGAAACGGCCAACGCCGUCCGGGAGCAAAGCAAAAGUUCCAAUCGAAUCCUACCGGAACGCAAACGACAUCCACGGGUGGUUACGGGAGCUCCCGGUGGCCUUCUCCCAUCGUACUCGAGCCUUCAAAGUAAAGGUCAACAGUACCUGUUCCUGAUCAACAAGCGGAACUUUUCGGAACACUUCAUGGCAUACGAACCAUGCCUGCUAGAUACCAAAGAUUCAAAAAUGCGACUACUCGUUUCGGCCGAGAAUGUGUGGGGCUUCUCCAAGAAUGAUGACACCACGACGAUCGUGUUCCACUAUCGCCUCAGCGAGAUCAUCUCGUGCCAUUCGGUCGUGAUUCCACCGCCGACCAUGUCGGAUCCGAUCCCGCGGACCAAGCGGACGACCUACAUUGAAUUUUGUUUGACGCUCCCAUCGAAGUCGCUGACCCCUAGCGCACCGGAAAUGGUCAAGCGACCACGUGUUCGGUGCCAGAACGAGGAAAUCGCCAAGAAAAUCUGUCAUCACAUCAACUUCGCUAAAUGCAUCUACGACGAACGUGAGCAAACGCUCUAUUCGAAUGCUGUGAUCGAAACGUAAGUUUGUUUGUUUGUACCUUACAUACACCUACACAAAUUGCGGAAUACUAAAUUAGAAUAGAUUUAUCCUAUAGAGGGAAACAGGAAAUCAAAAUGUAAUGUACUAGCUUUGUUUGCGCUCCUAUUGGAGUCGGGAGGUGUUGAAAUUUUAUGUUCUGGGUCGUCACCGUCUAUUUAUUGUACGUUUACGUCUUUUAAAGAAAAGUUAUUCCCGAUUUCUAAAAUCCCAAACGAAAUUCUCUAUCGUUGAAAUAAAUUAUUUUGUAAAUGAA